CAGUGCCGUGAGAUUAUUGUUUACAAGAGGAAGCUGUUUGGUCAGAGUAGAUGUAUUUCUCUGCACGUGUGUGUUGGUGUGUACUUCUGUGACGCCAUGCCCACGUCACGAUGACGCUAAGUUCUGCCUUUGACUUUCAGUCUUAUCACUGUCUGAUCCUUCAGACCUAAAAGCACAGAGCAGUGACACAACUUGUGAGGAGUCAAGACUGGACAGACCAUUCAUUAAACCACAUCAACAACACAGCAGCACCUCAAGCUGGACUCACAUCAGUCCACUUCUCCAGUUCAUCCUCUUUGAAUCACUGUGCACAUUUAUUCUUGCGGUUUUUCACUUAUGUCCUGCAAAUCCAGCGAUGACUAUUAUCUGCGUAGUAUGAGCAAUCUGAUGGGUGAGAGGAGGAAGCGAGCGUCGGAUGAUGGGGAGCGAAGUCUAAUCAAGGCUCCGUCAAGCCCCAGCCUCAGCAGUGCUGGUCCCUCAGCAGCGUCUCCCGCGCCCGAGGACCUUGAACGCGCGGCGCGCAAACAGUUCCAGCAAGAUGUCACGCCGGGUUUCGUCUACGUCCUGGCCGUGUUCUCCGCUAUCGGCGGCUUUCUGUUCGGCUAUGACACCGGGGUAGUGUCCGGAGCGAUGCUUUUGCUCAAGAGGGACAUGAAUAUAACUGCGCUGUGGCAGGAGCUGCUGGUGUCCGGGACUGUUGCCGCGGCGGCGGUAUCCGCGCUGCUCGGCGGGUAUCUCAACGGACUGUUCGGGAGGCGGGUGUGCAUCCUCACGGCCAGCUUCACCUUCGCCAUUGGGGGGAUAGUGUUGGGAUCGGCUCCAAAUAAGGAGGCACUGUUGGUUGGACGGCUCAUAGUUGGACUUGGGCUGGGUAUUGCAUCCAUGACCGUUCCUGUGUACAUUGCUGAAACCUCACCGCCCCACCUGAGAGGACGCCUGGUCACCAUCAACACUCUGUUCAUCACAGCGGGCCAACUUAUAGCAAGCCUUAUUGAUGGGGCCUUCAGCUACAUGCAGCAUGAAGGCUGGAGAUAUAUGCUGAGUCUGUCAGUGGUCCCUGCAUUCCUGCAGUUCCUAGGGUUCCUUUUCCUACCUGAGAGCCCUCGCUGGCUGAUCCAGAAAGGUCUUACCCAGAAGGCCCGGCGCAUACUCAGCCAAAUACGUGGCAACCAGAACAUCGAUGAGGAGUAUGAUACUAUCAAAAGCAGCAUUGAAGAGGAGGAAAAGGAGUGUGGAGGAGAGGGCCCGGUAAUCUGGCGCAUGUUGACCUACCCUCCGGCACGCAGGGCUCUCAUUGUGGGUUGUGCACUCCAGAUGUUCCAGCAGCUUUCUGGCAUCAACACGGUCAUGUACUAUAGCGCCACCAUUCUGCAGAUGUCGGGGGUACAAGAUGACAAGUUGGCCAUUUGGCUAGUGACUGUAACAGCGUUCACAAAUUUCCUGUUUACUCUGCUGGGCGUUUGGUUGGUUGAAAGGGUGGGCAGGCGCAGACUUACUUUGGGAAGCAUAUCUGGUACUGUUUUAAGUCUUGGUAUCCUGUCUGUUGGAUUCCUCCUGUCAGCCCAGCAUUCUCCUCCUGUUACACUACAUCUGACAGACCCCACGACACCCAACUCCAGCUGCACAACACAUCUGUCAUGCGAGCCCUGUAUGUUGGACCCUAGUUGUGGGUACUGUUAUCAGGAAAACAGCACUGUUGUGUUUGACUCCUCCUGUGUGCCUGUCAAUCCGGCCUCCACUGAGAGAGCAGCAUGGGGCAAGUGCUUCAACUCCACACAUCUGCCAGAUAGUGGUAUAUGGGCUUAUAAUUUUUGCCCAACAUCUUAUUCAUGGGUUGUGCUCCUGGGACUAGUGCUCUAUCUCGCAUGUUUUGCCCCAGGAAUGGGACCGAUGCCAUGGACAGUUAAUUCUGAAAUCUACCCUCUUUGGGCCAGAAGCACAGGCAAUGCUUGUUCAGCUGGGGUGAACUGGACCUUCAAUGUCCUGGUGUCUCUAACGUUCCUCCACAUGGCCCAGUACCUGACUUACUAUGGUGUAUUUUUCCUGUAUUCCAGUUUGGCUCUAACUGGUUUAUUUUUCAUUUAUGGCUGCCUGCCUGAGACUAAGGGACGGCGGCUAGAAGAGAUUGAGUCUUUGUUUGAAAACCGGCUCUGCUCAUGCGGGAUCUCGGAUUCUGAUGAGGAUCGGCAGGUGGAAUACAUCCGGGUUAAAGGGUCGAACUACCACCUGUCGGACAAUGACGCGUCAGAUAUCGAAUAACUUGUGUGAAACCUCUGGGUUGGUAAACGGGGAUAAUAAGGUAUGGACUGAGCCUCAUUCAACCCUGACGUCAGGUCCGCCCACUGUAACAGUCAGGUUGAGUCUCUCUUCACCAAGAACAGGGUUGUAGAGCUAAAAAAAAAACGUGCAGUGCCAGGUCAGCCUUUAUAAUAUUGUUAGUAUGUUUUUGAGUCACAGUACAUGCAGAUCUACUGGCUCAUUCCUUCACUGUCAGAUGAAUAUCCUCUGCUUAUUUAUGUAAAAUUAGAUAUUAGCUGUAAAUUCAGUAAUACAUAUGCAGAAGGAUAUAAUUUUUUUCUAAGUGUCUAAGUGUGAACUCAACGCAAAUUUUAUAUUUGAAAAUAACACUUAUACACACAAAGAAAAAUAUAAGCUACGUUAGCAGUUAAAAGUUUUGACACAC